GACUGAUUAUCUGGUAGUCUGGUAACCAGAGGCUUUAAGAAAUUUGGAAAAUUAAGAAUGUUUUUAUUUCGGAUAUUGUUGGCUAAAAUUGUAUUUAAUAAUAAAACAACCGCGUGUUACACAUAUUGAAUUAAAUACCAGUGACAUUAUUUAAUAUAUUUGUUUACAAAACUGAGAAAUGUCCGUUCGCGCAAUCAUAACUAUUAUCAUUACUUCUUUAUCUGUUACCAGUGGUUUUACUUCGAAUUCGUGUAAUUUUAAUGCUAAAUUGAAACAAACGUUAUUAAACGAAGGGUUCCACAGAAACAUCACAUACGGCAUUGUGUUUGAAAGUGAUAAUGACGGAGACAGGUGGUUGUACGAAGAUUGUACUGUGAGCUUGGAGCAAGUUUUGCCAUCCGGUGUCUUCGUCAACCCUGAUGAGUUAGGAGAGUUCCAGAGAACACACAAAUUGAACGCGAUACCAAGAGGUCGGGUCAACAUUGAACUGCCCGCUUCCCAAUCGCGGCCCAGCGUGGUAUACCUGAUGGGGACGGUGGUACAGAGCAAGGUGACUUUGUGGCUACCAGUACACGCGAGGUAUCACCAUGCUGUGUCUGGAGGGGGUAACGCCCGAAACUGGAUAGAACCGCCGCGGCUGUUCCUCCGGUGUACAGACCGGCGUCUCGAACUCUGCAACAGGAAGUUAACUACCUCAUCAUUCUUAUGCAAUGGAAGUUCUAAGGAGAAGUGCAGUUGGAUGAAAGUACCUUUUAUUGCGUUGACAAACACUCUCAUAUGGGACGUUCCUGUUGGUAACACCAACCAUUACUACCUGGUCGCACUGGGGACCACCCUGGUGAUUGUAGUGGGCUCUCUCCAUCUCAUGUCCACCAUACACGAGUACAAAGUGCGAGCGAGAAGGAAGCUAACCUGAAAACUUGUUAUGUGACAUUGUUUUUUUUUAUUUAUUUGUUGAGUUUUGUUUGUGAAGACUGAAUAAUGGUCGUUGUAAGCUUAUAGCGUGAACAGUGCGAGCAGGAAAGGUGAUAACCUAAAAAUUUGUUCAUUCGCAUUCAGUAUUCUGUUUAUAAUUUUUUUUUUUUAAUUCCUAAUGUGUCAUUUCUAACGUCACUUAAUAAUUGUCAUAUCUUUUAGUUUCAUAACAUUGGUAGUUGUCAAAUAUUUUUAAAAAACUAGUUUGCUUUAUUUAGUUUAAGCUUCCAAAGCGUUAGUGCAGAAGAAGAGGUCAUAAACUGCAUUAUCUUUAACAACGUGAACUUCACAAUAAUCCAAACAUCGAAUUAGUAAUGUGAGGUCAUAUUUUCUGUGAUGUUUUUGUAUUUGUUAUAGGUUAUAUUUACUUUUUAUUCCUAAAAAAAACAUUGGUGCCGUGUGUUUCCCGGCACCAAUACAAAAAAGAAUAGGACCACUCCGUCUCUUUCCCAUGGAUGUCGUAAAAGGCGACUAAGGGAUAGGCUUACAAACUUGGGAUUCUUUUUUAGGCGAUGGGCCAGCAACCUGUCACUAUUUGAAUCUCAAUUCUAUCAUUAAGCCCAAUAGCUGAACGUGGCCAUUCAGUCUUUUCAAGACUGUUGGCUCUGUCUACCCCGCAAGGGAUAUAGACGUGACCAUAUGUAGGUAUGUAUGUGUGUAAAAAAACAUUGGUUGUGUUGCCUUGACACAUGUUAACCUGUUACCCGGGUGUGAAGUGUGAACAAGACAGAAGAGAAAUAUUUUUUUUUGCACUUAGUUAAAUUUACAAAGAUUCCCUGUUAACAUUAUAAGCACCUAUAUAAUGUUGACCAGCUCCCGAACUAUGGCACGCGACGCCGUUUUUUAUCGCUGUUUCAUACAUACAUUUAUAAUCACGUCUAUAUCCCUUGCGGGGUAGACAGAGCCGACAGUCUCAAAAAGACUGAUAGGCCACGUUCAGCUAAAAUUUGGCUUAAUGAUAGAAUUGAGAUUCAAAUAGUGACAGGUUGCUAGCCUGUCGCCUAAAUGAAGAAUCUCAAGUUAAUAAACCUAUCCCUUAGUCGCCUUUUACGACAUCCACGGAAAAGAGAUGGAGUGAUCCUAUUCUUUUUUCCAUUGGUGUCUAGAACCACGCGGCACAUCGCUGUUUCGCUUUUUAUUAUGGCGUCAAACGAGAGAGCGAUAGUUUUUCGCGCGAUAAUAACGACGUCGCGCGUUCCAUUCUACGGAGGCUGAAACAAAAUGCCAAUUAAGUGUCAUCGUAUGCCAUUUUAAGCUGAGAAGUAUGAAAAAUAUGAGCGAUAACGACUAAUAGGCUAAUAAUAAUCUUAAAUUCAAAUAAUAAUUGCGAAGGAAGUAUGCAAAGAUCGUGGCAAUUGGAAAGAGGUAGUCUCUGCCUACCCCUCCGGGAAAGAGGCGUGAUGUUAUGUAUGUAUGUAAUUCAAAUAACAUGUUUUUUUUUUAUAUUUGUUGUUUUUCUUCUGUGAUGUUGUGUAUUAUGUAUUUAAUAUAAGAAUAGGAAUUUAUUCAUGAACAAGAUAAUUGUACAAUUAAAUAUGUUUAAUUUACCAAACAAAUCAAGUUAUUAGACUUAUCAACUUUGUAUAUCGUAACUUAUUUUGCAUGUUUUAAAUAUUUAGGACCUUUUUAUAGACAUCUGCAACAUUUUCAACCUGGAUUAUUUCCUUUUUUUAAUAAUAAUUAACAGUCUAAUAGGUAAACCGCUUUGAUUAAAUUAUUUUUGCAACACUAUGCCUUAGUCUUAGAUUGAUAUUAAAAUUCCAAAUUUUUUUUGUGUUAUAUAUUUUUUAAUAAUUUGAGGUUGCAUGAUGAAUGUUUAUGAAUAGUGGAUAAAGCGAAAGAAGUAUGCAGGGAUUGAAAGUUGUAGUCUCUGCCUACCUCUCUGGGAGAACGGCGUAAUAUUGUACAUAUUUACCUUAUUUCAUAGAAAAUUGU